AUGGAGCCUGAAGCUGGAACAAGUCGGCGACAAAGGCAAGUUGUUCUCUUUGUUUUUUUGUGGGUGUCAGAAGCAGGUUCAUAUUCUCGGCGGUAUUCGGUGGCUGAGGAAAUGGAGAGAGGUUCCUUUGUAGCCAAUGUGGCAAAUGACUGGGGUCUGGAAAUGAGGGAGCUUUCAGCCAGGAUGGGGCAAAUCGUCCUGGACAACAAGAAAGAGUAUUUGCACCUCAACCGGGAAACUGGGGAUCUCCUCCUAAAAGAGAAACUGGACCGAGAAGAGAUAUGCGGUCCCACCCAGCCCUGUGUGCUGCCUUUUCAUAUCUUACUGGAAAAUCCUUUUCAGUUUUUCCAGUUCGAGCUGCAAGUGCAAGAUAUAAAUGACCAUUCACCCAUGUUUCUGGACACUGAGAUGCUCCUGAAAAUAUUAGAAAGUACAACACCCGGGACGUCGUUCCUCCUAGAAAGUGCACAGGAUUUAGAUGUUGGGGAAAACGGACUUCAGAAUUAUACGGUUAAUCCUAACCCUCAUUUCCACAUUAAAAUUCGAGAUAGUGGAGAGGGUAGGAAAUAUCCAGAGCUUAUCCUGGAUAAAUCAUUGGAUCGUGAGGAAAAGCCAGAGAUAAUUUUAAUCCUCACUGCGUUGGAUGGAGGAUCUCCACCCAGGUCUGGGACUGCCCUGAUCAGAGUCUUAGUUAUGGACGUCAAUGACAAUUCUCCUGUCUUUACUCAGCCUCGAUAUGAGGUUCAGAUCCCUGAGAACAGCCCCAUUGGCUUUCUGGUUGUCACAGUCUCUGCUAGAGAUUUAGACACAGGAAAUAAUGGAGAAAUAACGUAUACGCUCUUCCACUCAUCAGAAAAUAUACGCAGAACUUUUCAAAUCAAUUCCACCACUGGGGAACUUCAUCUAGGAGCACAUCUGGAUUAUGAGAUUAUUCAGGAUUACACAGUGAGAAUUCAAGCCACGGAUGGAGGGGGCCUCUCAGAGAAAUGUAUUGUAUUUAUCCAAGUGAUUGAUCUAAACGACAAUCCCCCGGAACUGAUCAUGUCGUCUUUAACCAGUCCCAUUCCGGAGAAUUCACCUGACACUGUUGUAGCUGUUUUCAAGAUCCGAGAUCCAGAUUCCGGGGAUAAUGGUAAGAUGCUUUGUUUCAUCCAGGAUCAUGUUCCUUUCGCAUUGAAACCUUCCAUGAAGAACUUCUAUACUCUCUUAACAGAAGGAGCUCUGGACAGAGAGAACAGGUCCGAAUACAACAUCACCAUUACUGUCACAGAUUUAGGUUCCCCCAGGCUCAAAAUCGAAUACAAUAUCACCGUAAUGGUUUCUGACAUCAAUGACAAUCCCCCAGUAUUUAUUCAAACAGCAUACACACUCUACCUCAGGGAAAACAACAGCCCUGCCCUUCAAAUAGGCAGCGUCAGUGCCAGGGACAGAGACUCAGGGACAAAUGCCAAAGUAACCUAUUCUCUUCUCUCUCCAGAGACUGGAAAUCUGCCCCUCUUCUCCUACAUCUCCAUUAAUUCAGACAAUGGGCAUCUCUAUGCUCUGAGAUCUCUGGAUCAUGAAACCAUCCAAGCUUUCCAGUUCACAGUGAAGGCAACUGAUGGUGGCUCCCCACCCUUGAGUAGCCAGGUUCUGGUUCGGAUCAUGGUCCUGGAUGAGAAUGACAACUCUCCCUUUGUUCUGUACCCCCUGCAGAAUGGCACAGCUUCCUGCAAUGACCUGGUACCCAGGGCAGCAGAUCCAGGUUUCCUAGUAACCAAAGUAGUUGCUGUGGAUGGAGACUCAGGACAGAAUUCCUGGCUUUCCUACCAGUUACUUAAGGCCACAGACCCAGGACUCUUCACUGUGUGGGCCCACAAUGGGGAAGUGCGAACAGUAAGACCCAUCAAGCAGAGGCUUCUGGUACUGGUGAAGGACAAUGGGCAGCCCCCUCUGUCCACAGAAGCCACACUGAAUGUGUUCCUGGUAGAUGGCUUCUUUGAGCCCUAUAUGAAGCUUCCAGAUGUAUUUAAAGAGGAGCCAAAGAUGGAUUCCCUCACAGUCUACUUGGUUAUUUCUCUAGCUUCAGUUUCCUUUCUCUUCUUAGUCUCUGUCAUACUCUUUAUCUCUGUAUGCCUGUGGAGGAGAAGGGAAAAAGCAGUAGAGGGUGGAAACUUUGGCCCUGGAGUCUCCUUUCAAGGACAGUUAGUGAAUGUCAGUGGCACAGAGACCUUGUCUCAGGGCUAUCAGUAUGAUGUGUGUCUGACCAGUGGCUCAGGGGGAGGUGAGUUCAAAUUCUUGAAGCCCAUUAUUCCCAAUCUCUUUGCUCCAAUCACUCAGAAAGAUCCUGAGGAAAUCCCACCCUUUCCUAAUAACAUUGGAUUCAGCUAA